UGAUGGUCUAGCUUAACUUCCGGAAAAAUUGUCGGUAAACCAUGGACCGCUUGUAAAAUGUAAUGUAAAAUCAACCAUCAUCCUUGAUAUGACAGCGUAAUCGUAAUUAAUGCAAUUGAAAUAGCCAGCCAUGUUUCUGUACAACUUAACCUUGCAGAGGGCCACAGGGAUAAACUGUGCUGUGCAUGGCAAUUUCUCUGGAUCAAAGCUUCAGGAAAUCAUUGUUUCCAGAGGCAAAAUUCUAGAGCUUCUGAGACAUGACCCGAAUACAGGCAAAAUUUAUCCUGUUUUAUCAGUGGAAGUGUUUGGAAUGAUCCGCUCACUUAUGCCAUUCAGACUGACGGGUGGAUCUAAAGAUUAUGUUGUUGUUGGUUCUGAUUCUGGCAGAAUUGUUAUUCUGGAGUACAUUCCACAGAAGAAUACAUUUGAAAAGGUGCAUCAAGAAACUUUUGGAAAGAGUGGAUGCAGAAGAAUUGUGCCAGGACAGUAUUUAGCUGUCGAUCCUAAAGGCAGAGCUGUCAUGAUAGGUGCUGUGGAAAAACAGAAACUGGUGUACAUUUUGAACAGAGAUGCCUCAGCUAGACUGACUAUCUCUUCUCCAUUAGAGGCACACAAAGCCAACACAUUGGUGUACCACAUGGUGGGGGUGGAUGUUGGUUUUGAAAAUCCUACUUUUGCCUGUUUAGAAAUUGACUAUGAGGAGGCAGAUAUGGACCACACUGGAGAGAGUGCUAAGAACACACAGCAGCUGUUGACAUACUACGAGUUAGACUUGGGGCUCAAUCAUGUUGUCAGAAAAUACUCAGAAGCUCUGGAGGAGCAUGCCAACUUUCUCAUCUCUGUCCCUGGAGGGAGUGAUGGUCCCAGUGGAGUGUUGAUCUGUUCUGAGAACUACAUCACAUACAAAAAUCUUGGAGAUCAGCCCGACAUCAGAUGUCCUAUCCCCAGAAGAAGGAAUGAUCUUGAUGAUCCAGAAAGGGGUAUGAUCUUUGUCUGCAGUGCUACACAUAAAACAAAAAGCAUGUUCUUCUUUCUGGCACAAACUGAACAAGGAGACAUCUUCAAAAUCACACUUGAAACAGAUGAAGAUAUGGUCACAGAGAUCAUAUUAAAGUAUUUUGACACAGUCCCUGUUGCAUCUAGUAUGUGUGUGCUGAAGUCUGGCUUUCUCUUCAUAGCAUCAGAGUUUGGAAAUCAUUACUUGUACCAGAUUGCCCAGCUUGGAGAUGAUGAUGAUGAGCCCAGAUUCAGCAGUGCAUCUCAGCUUGAGGAAGGUGAACCUCAUUUUUUUUCACCAAGACCACUCAAAAACCUUGUACAGGUGGACGAGAUGGACAGUCUCUCACCCAUCACACAUUGCCAGAUUGCUGAUCUUGCAAAUGAAGACACACCACAGCUGUAUACUCUGUGUGGGAGGGGCCCUAGGUCCACACUAAGGGUUCUAAGACAUGGUCUGGAGGUGUCUGAAAUGGCCGUAUCAGAACUGCCCGGUAACCCCAAUGCCGUCUGGACAGUGAAAAAGAACAUUGAGGAUGAAUUUGACGCCUACAUUAUCGUGUCCUUCGUCAACGCUACUCUUGUAUUGUCCAUCGGAGAGACGGUAGAAGAAGUGACAGAUUCUGGGUUCUUGGGAACCACACCAACACUUUCUUGUUCACAGCUCGGAGAUGAUGCUCUUGUACAGAUUUACCCUGAUGGAAUCCGUCACAUCCGAUCUGACAAAAGAGUCAACGAGUGGAAGACACCUGGGAAAAAGAGCAUUGUCAAAUGUGCUGUCAAUCAGAGACAAGUAGUGAUAGCGUUAACAGGGGGAGAACUUGUCUACUUUGAAAUGGACCCAACAGGUCAGUUAAAUGAGUACACAGAGAGAAAGGAGAUGUCCUCAGAAGUAGUGUGUAUGGCCCUGGGGAGAGUCCCCGUGGGAGAACAGAGGUGUCGCUUCCUGGGGGUUGGGCUCUCUGAUAACACAGUCAGGAUCGUUUCACUGGAUCCAGCUGAUUGUUUGUCCCCACUGAGUAUGCAGGCCUUGCCAGAACCCCCUGAGUCUCUGUGUAUAGUGGAAAUGGGAGGUACAGAAGCUAAGGAGGAAACGGGGGAGACUGGCACAGUGGGGGGCUUAUUUCUCAACAUCGGUCUACAGAAUGGUGUGUUACUGAGGACAGUGUUGGACACAGUUACUGGAGACCUCUCAGACACUAGGACAAGAUACCUUGGAUUGAGGCCUGUCAAACUCUUCAGAAUAUCCAUGCAAGGAUCAGAAGCAGUUCUAGCCAUGUCCAGUAGAUCUUGGCUCAGCUACACCUACCAGAACAGGUUCCAUCUGACCCCCUUGUCUUAUGAGACUUUGGAGUAUGCAUCAGGUUUUGCCUCGGAACAGUGUCCAGAGGGCAUUGUAGCCAUCUCCACGAACACUCUCAGAAUUUUGGCCUUAGAAAAAUUGGGUGCUGUGUUUAAUCAGGUGUCCCAUCCCCUACAAUACACUCCCAGAAAAUUUGUGAUUCAUCCCGAGACCAACAACCUGAUAGUAAUAGAGACUGAUUAUAAUGCUUAUACAGAGGCCACAAAGAUGGAGAGGAAACAGCAAAUGGCAGAGGAAAUGGUGGAGAUGGUGAGUGCGGAGGAGAGAGAAAUGGCUGCAGAAAUGGCCGCUAACUUCCUGAAUGAGGAGCGAUCUGAAGCUACGUUCGGGGCCCCCAAGGCUGGUCCUGGAAUGUGGGCCUCCAUCAUCCGAAUCAUCAAUCCCAUCACUGGCAACACGCUGGAGAAAAUACAGCUGGAACAGAAUGAAUCCGUACACAGCAUUGCCCUAGUGAAGUUUGCCAGUCGUGGAGAUGACCAAUUUGUGUUAGUGGGUGUCGCAAGAGACCUUGUAUUAAAUCCACGAUCGCUCACUGGAGGAUUUAUCUACCUUUAUCAAGUGGAGGAUGGAGGGGAAUCCCUGAACUUAUUACAUAAAACGCCUGUGGAAGAUGUCCCAGGAGCAAUUGCUUCAUUUCAAGGACGAGUGCUUAUUGGUGUGGGAAGGUAUCUAAGGAUUUAUGACAUAGGCAAGAAGAAAAUGCUGAGGAAAUGUGAGAAUAAGAGCAUCCCAAACUUCGUCUCCAUGAUCCACACCAUUGGAAAUCGUAUAGUGGCAUCUGACAUUCAGGACAGUUUUCAUUUUCUGCGAUACAAGAGACAGGAGAACCAGCUGAUUGUGUUUGCCGAUGACACAAACCCGAGGUGGAUCACAGCUUCCUGUUUACUGGAUUAUAAUACUGUGGCAGGGGCAGACAAAUUCGGCAACAUCACCAUCAUCCGACUACCAUCAGAUGUAAGUGAUGAUGUUGAUGAGGAUCCAACAGGAAACAAAGCAUUGUGGGAUAGAGGUCUUCUGAAUGGAGCUUCACAAAAGGCAGACGUGGUGAUGAACUUCCACCUAGGGGAGAUGGUGACCUCUUUACAGAAGGCCACCCUGAUACCCGGGGGGUCAGAAUCUCUGGUGUACACCACACUGUCGGGGGGAAUAGGGAUGCUGGUGUCCUUCACAUCACACGAGGAUCAUGACUUCUUCCAACAUUUGGAGAUGUACAUGAGGACAGAGCACCCCCCUCUGUGUGGCCGAGAUCACUUGUCCUUCAGAUCCUACUAUUUCCCCGUCAAAAAUGUGAUAGAUGGAGACCUGUGUGAGAUGUUUAACUCCAUAGAUCCUGCCAAACAGAAGAGUGUGUCUGAAGAGUUAGACAGGACGCCCAGUGAAGUUUCCAAAAAGCUUGAAGACAUCAGAACAAGAUAUGCUUUCUAAGAGGAUAUGUAUUUGUCAAACUGUUGUGAAUAUCUAAAACACACUGAACUUGCAUCAAAUUGUGCCGGGCCUGCUAAACCACACACAAAUAGAGACUUGAUGGAAUCAGUGUAUUUCAGGAUUGUAUAGACAGAUGAAAUACUUACAAACGCUUUGCAUGAAAUAUUCUUGCUGAAGUAUUUUCAAAGUGUGUGAAAUAGAGAUAGCUAAAGAUUGAAAAUAUUCCUAAAUCAUUCACCAUUGAAAAAAAUGAAGUACACAUUUUAACCAUGCAUUUCAUUAUGGUCAUUAUUGGUCAUGUUUGGCAUUGUGCUGUUCAUUGUUAUCAUUCAUGUAUCAUAAGAACUUGACAUGCAUACAUGUGAAGGAAAUGUACAUAAAUAUUUUUACAAUGUAUAUUAAUUACAUGCUGAUCUUUUCUGAAUUCAGUGUUUUAUAAAUGUUAUGAAUAAAUAGCGUACAACUAUUUGAGAUAUUGUCAAAAUAAAGACCAAAAAUCAAAA